AUGGCAUUUCACAUGGCUGCAAGGCAAGCUUUUCGAGCUAUCUCCCGCCCACCCCUCACCACCACCACCACUCCUCGUCUUGCCGCCUCGCUUCCUCGUCCCACCACCUUCCCAUCUUCAAUCCGAUUCCUUGCUACACCCCCAUCUUCACAAAAGCCAGGCCCCAAAACCAACACUACCAAAUAUGGCCCCAAAACCUCCUCCUCCUCCUCCUCCACCACCACCACCACUCCCACUCCUGAGGAGGCAAAAGAAGAAUUGAAAACAGGCAAAACAUCUUCGAUCUUCGACAUUGACACUUCCGCCGCCCCCCGCGCAAACCAGCUUAUCGCAUCUGAAACCCCACAAUCGGGCAACACCAAAGACUCCACCGGAGCAAAGGCAAAGACGGGAGCCCGAUCAAUGUCAUCCAUCGAACGACGUCGACAAACCACGGUCCGGCUUCUCUCCGCCCUCAUCCUAGGCGGAUCUACCCUCACACUAUGCAACCUUGGUCGUCCUUGGGACAACGAACUGGAAUCUACCCGCUUCGCCUCUCAACCUGGAUCCGAUUCUUUCCUGGGUCGUAUCAAACUGAGGUUGGGUGCGAUGUACGAAGAUUUCAACAAACCAGUCUUCGACCAGCUUCUACCCGACCCUUUACCUUUCCCCUAUUCUCGACCUUUCACUAUGGUCCUCGACCUUGACGAUCUUUUGGUUCAUAGCGAAUGGAGUAGAGAACAUGGAUGGAGAACGGCUAAGCGUCCCGGACUCGACUACUUUAUCGGCUACCUAUCCCAGUUCUACGAGAUCGUCUUGUUCACCACUCAACCAUUCUUUACGGCGGGUCCUAUUAUUGAGAAAUUGGAUCCGGAUAGGAGGUUUAUCGCCUACACGCUGUUCAAAGAAUCCUGUAGAACGGUCGAUGGAAAGUUGGUCAAGGAUUUGAACUACCUGAACAGAGAUCUGAGCAAAGUGGUGGUGGUAGAUACGAAUCCGGACUCGUUCUACUUGCACCCGCAGAACGGGAUUGUGGUUGAGCCGUGGAAGGGAGAUCGGGAGGAUAGGGAACUGAUUGGGCUGAUUCCUUUCUUUGAGGCCAUUGCAAUUUAUGGUAUCGAAGAUGUUCGGACGACACUCCAAGCUUAUGCGGGUACGCAUAUCCCGAGCGAACAUGCGAGAAGGGCGGCACAGAUUAGGGAGAAGGAACUCGCGGAGAACAAAGCGCGUGCUAAAAGAUUGAGCAAGUUCGGAAAUGUAUUCGGCGGAGUAAGUCGGACUGGAAACAUGCCAGUAGAUAAAACAGUUUACGAACUAGAAAGGGAGAGGUACGUCCAAGCAUACCUAGAAGACCAAAAGUACUGGAAAGAGAACGGAGAAACGCUAAGAAAACAAGCAAAGGAAGAACAGGAGAGACAGAUCAGAGAGAUGAAGUUGAAUACCUGGGCUUUCUUCACCGGUGGCAUGAAACCGCAGGCGGCCCGAGCGGAGGGCCAGCAGGGUGAGGCUGCCAAGUAA